AGCCGCAGUUCAUCUUGCAGCGAGCUCUUGGGUUACCUCGUCCAUGUAGCGCGACGCAUGACGUCUCGAGGGUUGUUCGCUGCACUUAUGGCAAGUCUGCGUUUAUUCACAUGGCUGUUACGCUGCCUAAAGGAACCUAGGCACUGAAAAAAGAAAAGAAAAAACUCCAGCGCGGGAAUGACAGGCAUCUGAGCCUGCUGGAAUACCUCAAGCUUGUGGAGUAACUUAUUUACUAAGUCAGAGGUGCUCUGAGGGAGGGACCAACACAUACACACAGAGAGAGAGAGAGAGAGAGUUGUACUGUGUAUGAAGGCACGACAGAUAAGGAAACAAACAGAGGACUACGAGCAAGCCAAGCGGCUUGGGUUACUGUUAAAGUUCAAUCGCUGGCUACAGAAAAGGAGAGAGGAUAAGAAGCAGACGUGUUUUUACCCUCCCUGCCUCGGGCCUGGGAGCAUGGGACAGGGAGCUAGCACUCAGGCUCACACACACCACUCUACUAUUAGUACAGAUGAUGACGCCGAUGACCAGCAGAACAGCACAACAGGGAACGACAAACCGGACACCGGCAGAGAGACGCCUCCAUCCAAACAGAAGGGGAAGUUCUCCAACCUGGGCAAGAUCUUUAAACCCUGGAAAUGGAGAAAGAAGAAGGAAAGCAGCGAGAAGUUCAAGGAGACAUCAGAGGUUCUGGAGAGGAAGAUCUCGAUGAGGAGACCCCGGCAGGAGCUGAUAGACAAAGGAGUACUAAAGGAGAUCUCUGAGAAUGAGAGUCAUAAUGUGAAAGCGCCCUCCGUAAACAACGGUCAUACGCUGCCUGUAGCCGGUGACCAGGGGCCCAACGCAGGAUCAGAGGUCAAGAGCAGGUCACACGGCGAGGACCGAAAGAGUGGUUUGGUACCAGAACCUGAGCGACGAAGCCGAAUACCAUCAGAUGUGACCCGUAACCGGCAGCCUCUAGACGUGGACGCUCGCACGCGCAUCCCGUCAGAUUCUGAGAAACGAGAGAGAGACGAGGCACGGUACCGUGAACGGAGGGACGAAAACCGAGACCGAAGGGACGAUAGAGAGGAGCGAGGGAGAAGGGACGACAAAGAAGACCGGGAGAGGCGAGAUAGGCGAGAAGAACGGGAUUCCAGAGCAGAGUGGAGAGAAGAACGAGAACGAAGGGAGAAGAGAGAAGAGAAGAGAGACGGCAGAGUAGAGAAAGACGCGAGAGCGGACAGGGACCAAAAAAAGGAUGACCGGGAUCGGGACGAAAGAGAAAGGAGAGAGGACAGGGAAAGGAGAGAGUUAAAAGAAAGGAGGGACGAUCACAAUCGAAAGGAAGAAACUCUUCGGCGGGACGACAGAGACCGGAGGCCUGAAAGCGAGAGGAGAGAUGACCGAGAAAGGAAAGAUGACAAGGAGAGAAGAGAGUCGUGUGAAAGGAACGAGGAGCAAGACAGAAAAGAGGACAUUACGAGGAAAGAUGUGAGGAAGCCUGAGAUGCCAAAGCUGAUCAGGCCUCAGUCUGAGAUGGAUAUGAGGAGCCGUGUGCAAAGCAACUCGUCUGACGUGGUCCAGAAAACCCGACCCGUCUCUGAAGUUGAGCAAAGGAGCACACUGCCACGAUACAUACACACUCAGGAUGACCCCAGGGCACGCACAGGAUCUGUGGGUGUGCGCUUCACUCCUGUCCCCGAGUUAAAGGAGCAGCAGCCUACAGCCAAACAGGCCAUACUUCCCCCAAAAUGGCUGAUGUCCUCCACCGAAUCUGGUCAGGCUUCAUCUUCAUCAUCUUCCUCCUCCUCACUGUCGUCGACAUCUUCAUCUUCAGCUCCACCCAUUGCUAAGCCCCCUCCUCGCACUGUGUCUCUGUUGGUGGACGACUCGUCUCGACAUAGUUCCUUACCAGUCGUUUUGAUACGAAACCAGGACAACCCACCUACUGUCCUUGAUCAUCCUGCUAUUCCUGCCCCAGCUGCUGCUCCUGCUCCUAUUCCUACUCCCGCUCCUGCUGCCCCGUCCACCACCCCUGAUGCCCCAGUACAUGCUAAAAUGCCACCUGUUCCCCCGCCCAAACCCACCAACCGUAACAGUACGUUAGCACUGCAAGCCACAACAUUACCCAGGCACGGUAAAGCUCAGACUCCUCUGUACUGGACCAGCAAGAGACGACAGAAUGAACAUGGUACUUUGUCCUCUCUACCCAGCUAUCCCCAUCACCCUCAGCCUCAUCCAGGUGCCCCUGCCAUUGAGGCUCUUCAUGACGGAGAUGCACCCCAACCCCUGGUAGUCUCAAACCCGAUUUCUGCAAAGCGCUCUCCUCCCAUUCCGCCAGCUAGGACAACGCCGAUCAACAAACGCAACUCAGGGGACAUCUCAUCCAAUCAGGGUGAGCCUCCUGCCAGAAGUUCUUCCCCUAACCCUCCUCCCUCCCAGUCAGAGGAUAGCAAACACCCCAGCUAUACAGCUACAGUGGUGUCUCCUCCACCUUCCCAUAUCCCUCCAUCUCCACCUGGCAUCAACGUUGAUCCUCCGAGCCCUACCACUGAGCCGCCGAGCCAGCCUCCAUCCAUACCUCUGCACAUCCUGAUCCAGCGUGCACUUACCAGCCCUGGACCAGUCCACCCCAGCCCAGAAGGCAACCAGAGAGCUCACUCUCUGCUGUUUGAGACACCACCUGAGAUUGUAGUCGAGACGAGCGGACGACGUUCUCUUCCUGUCACCAUCGAGCCACUCAGACUGCCUGAGGAUGAUGAUUUCGACAUGGAGGAAGAACUACAAAAGCUGCACCCUCCUCCACCCCAGACCUUCCCACCGGAGCUGGAGGCCGGGAGCAGGCGGGGGUUAGUGGGAGACACCAUGGUCAUCUUCGAGGACUCGGACAGUGAGCGAGAGGACGACAACGACUCAGACGGGCCCAUUCUCUACAGAGACGACGAAGAGGAUGACGACGACGAAGAUGUGCCCAUGACCGGUCUGGCAGGCAAAGUGAAACGGAAGGACACUCUGGCUCUAAAGCUGGAGAAACAGCAGGAAAAGGAGGAGAAGCAGGGGCAAGAGGACAGCACCUGGAAGAGCCGGGAGCAAUGGGAGGCGAUGCGUAACAAGAUUGGCUCCACCCUCACACGGCGUUUGAGUCAGAGACCAACGCAACAAGAACUUGAGCAAAGAAACAUUCUGCUAGCCAAGAAUGAGGCAGACAGACGAGCUGAGCGAAGCGAGAUCAAACGCAGACUUACAAGAAAGUUGUCUCAAAGGCCCACAGUAGCAGAGCUCCAGGCCAGAAAGAUUCUCCGUUUCCACGAGUAUGUGGAGUGCACACAUGCUGAAGACUACGACCGGCGUGCAGAUAAACCCUGGACUAAACUCACACCCGCUGACAAGGCUGCCAUCAGAAAGGAGCUGAAUGAGUUUAAGAGUUCAGAGAUGGAGGUCCAUGAGGACAGCAGGAUAUACACCAGGUUUCAUCGGCCUUAGCCAACAGUGCCGGAGACACGAGAACGCGGAAAGUACAAACCACUGGAAAUCCAAGGAAGCUAUGGAAGCCAUACAAACUGUACAAGAUGCUGGUGUGUGUCGUUUUUGUCUGUUGAGGAUUGGUGUGCAGUGCCAAUCUACUAGGAUCUACGCUACCAUGGACUCUGACUUUAUAUCAGUUGGUGCUAGGACUUAAGGCAGCACGCAGGAAGCUGCACAGAGCUCUGGCGUGCUGACGCCGCAUCAGUCUCUCUGUCUGCUCACCUCACUGCCCCAACAGCCUUGAUUCAUGGUUACAUUGAUGCACAGACAGAAGCAACACUGUCCUUUUUCACAUCUGGAAUUUAUUUACAACAUAUCGAUUUCUUUUUAUUUAUGGUGAGGUGUGAUCUUUGUGCUAUGAACAAAAUGUGACGGUGGCAUCAACGUAUUGUGGGUUAGGGCUUGCAUUACCAUUCAUUUUUACCAGUCAACUAAUGAUUUAAAAGGUUGACUAGUUAUCUUAUUUUAGUUUUAGACUGUUUUAUUAUUGUGGUUAGAUUCAAAAACAAAAAUGCGUUCAACUGCACUUUAGUUAACAACCAUGCACAGGCUAUAUAUAUGAAAUUCCAAGUUUUUUUUUUGUUUGUUUUUUUUUUAAGGUAGAACAAUAAUAACUCAAUAGAAUGACACGAUACAGGAGUAAACAUUAGAUCUGUGUAUCUAAUUACAACAUAUAAAGGCCAACCUGUGGCCUAAGCUGAACCUUUGAUUCUGAAACUGAGGGCAUGCAGCACUGAAGCUCACGUACAGAGAGAGCAGAGCUCGCUCUAUAGCUCAGUGUGCCUGUGCUCCUUGGAUAUGGUCCUUGGAUCCGCAGUGUUCGAGGCUCACAUCAAGGCUCAUGUUGAAUGAGCAGCAUUAGUAAUGUUUAAAGACAGGUCUGUACUAACUAAACUAGCUGAAGUGGACAAGGUGGGGAUUGAUCAGUGGCAAUGAACAGUCCUGUACACAUAAACAUCUCACAGUGUGAAUAGUGAACGUAUGAGCUAAUGUUCACGUGUGUGUCCAUAAGUGUGUCUGUGUGUGUGUGUACGUCCGCGCAUAUGUGUGUGUCAGUCUGUGUGUGUGACAGACAGUUUGUUGUGACCGGGUUUCUCUCGGUGUAUCUGUCACUUUGGACCUGUGUGUGGCUGGAUGAAUGCGUGUGUGAAUGUGCACAAGUGUGUGUGGGUGGGUGGGUGUUGUGUUGUGGGUGGAUGAAUGUGUGUGUGUGUCAUUUUUAGCCUGUGUGGGUGGGUGAAUGUCGGUGGGUGUGUGGGUGUCACUUUGAGCCUGUGUGUGUAAGAGAGAGAGAGAACAGAGGUGUGUAUUUUUCUGCACAUGCUCUAACCCUCUGCCUUAUAAAUGCUGACAAACCGUUGCACACAAUUUAAAACGAAUCAAUAGAAAGAGCCUGUAAAUAAAGUAAUGACAUUCUAUUUCCCACUUCUGUUUCUCACACACAUCUGUAUGAAUCUCAGGAUUAAUGCUCAAGGGUAUCGUCUUCUCUCAAUGUGCAUUGUACUGUUUUUUCUUUGAUUUCAGAUUUGUACAACACUGUCAUGUUCAUUUCCUUUCCUUGCUGCCAAACAGCAGCGUGACGACUCUUCUUCUUCUUCUCCUGAGUUGAAAUGAGCUUAAAUACAACACAGAUCUUUAGUCUAAAGUGAUCUGUUAAAAUUUUUGUUACAAGCACAAACUGUUAGUGAACCGAAAAAUGACACAAUGAUGCACACUUUUUUUGUACAUUUAUAUGCUUUUUUUUUUUUUUGGUCUGAGUUAAUUUUAUGACACUGUUUUCAAGGCUGUUUCUUGCCUCUUUUGUACAGAUAUACACUGUAGAUUCUGAUCAUUGUGUAAUUAUGUCUUUCAAAUGUUUAAAAGAUGUUUUUAUUGUAUUUACGGUAUUACUAAAAGAUACAAGGUAAAAAAAAUGAUAUAACAGUGUAAGUAGAGCAAAAUGGUACUCUGAAAAACUUUUAUUCGUCAUUUUUUAUGGUGAAAGAAAAGACUGAGAAAUGUUCACUUCAUAAAUUGAUUAAAACUUAAUUUCAGAUA